AGAAUGUCAAAAAAAAAUUAAUUUACUGUCAAAAAUUUUAUUUUGUUUUGCAAAACAGAUGCUGCUUUAAAAUUAAAAGAGAUCAUUUUUAAAUUACAAUGGAGAGAUUUUGCAUUGUUAAUGGGUGCAAGUCUAAUACUGAGAAGAACUUUGGAGUUACGCUUCAUGGUCUACCAUGGUCACGUCUUGGACGUACACUUUGGAUCAAUGCAAUAGAAAAGCUAAAUAAUCAGAAAAUACCUAAAAAGUAUUUGACAGGUCAAGCAUCAGCUAUUCUAGUCUGUCAAAAUCAUUUUGUCCCUGAAGAUUACGAUUCUUUAUCACCGAGACUUCUAAAGGCAAAGGCUGUACCAAGUUUGUUUGGUGAUAAAUGCAACGACCAUUCAUCACAAGUUGCUACAAAAUCUUGCGUAAAGGAAACAGCGCAAACAACACAGACUAAAGAAAUAGUAAAUGUUCAACAAAAGGAGAUGAAAAAAGGGACGAAGAAAAAAGGAAAAUUUACAAAACAGCCGAAAUACUGGGUGUCAACGGUCACUUGUUCAUCAGCAGUAUGUCAAGUCCAGGGAUGUACUAAUCGACGACUCAAUUGCGACAGUUCAAUUAAUUUUCACCGUCUAGCUGGAAAUGCACCCGAUGAAUUGCUUGAAGCUUGGAGUCAGUUUUGUUUUGGUGUGCCUUACAGGUUACACUGUGAUCUUGAAGUUUCAAGUAAAAGGCCUAUUGUAGUUUGUUCCCUUCAUUUCGAAGAAGGCGCUUUCAUUAACAACGGACCUGACUACGAAUCACAAGCCUAUCUCCAGCUCAAGAGUGAUGCAAUUCCAACUGUCAAACAGUCGGAAGUUAUUGGGGAAGUAGUUCAGCAGGGUACAUUGGUAGCACCUGAGUACAUCAGCCGUGACGACGAGACACAGGAAACGUUCUAUCGUGAAGAUACGGGAGAGUAUUUUGUUGUUCAGCGUGUUGAGGGGAUGGACCUACAGCAGGAAGACGAAGGCACUGAGUACAUCCUGUCAGAUGACACUGAUACGCUCGUUGUUGAAGGUUGCUCCCAAGAGGAGGAGAUUUUAAUUGAUGAAGACAAUCUUUAUGUGCUACAAGACGAAGGAGAUGAAUUGAUGGAGGCGUAUGACGACUCUAUACCCCCACUCCUUACAUUUGAUGGACGCCUCGUGAGCUUCAUGGAGGAAGUUCGUGAGGGAAAGGAAGACGUCAAGAGCGGAAUUGUCAACACUGAAUCAUCCGGUCCACCUACAAAUCUACAAGUGGAAGUCAUUUGUAAUCACAUGACGGCCUGUGAGAAGCUCGAACAGGAGAAUCUGGCCCUUGAAGAGGAAACAAAGCGUCUCACAGAACGGAAUGGCCAGCUGGCGAGUACACUGCGCCGAAUGCGAUCGGAAAUGAAUGAGGUUUACAAGUGCUUCAGCCCAAUCUUCACCCCAGGGCAGAUGGACAGAAUUCGUGGAAUGAAGGAUCCGUGGCAGAAGAAGGACUUCGAGAGGGCGAUGAAGCUCAAAAUCCUAGGCCCUGCGGCCUACAAAUACCUCAGAAAGCACUACAAAUUCCCCCUUCCGAGUCUACGUCUUCUAGAAAUUUAUGAGAGUUCCUGCAGCAGUGAGUUGGAGCCAAUUUACAAGAAUAUGCAGGCUUUCCAGGACAUAGUCCGUCAGCGCAAGUGCGAUAAGACAAAUCUCAAAUUCCGAAAAUCAAUUCAUGUGGAUUCUAUGAUCAUAAUUACCACCAAACCUUUGAAAUAAAGCGAACUAUUAAAUUAUCGUAAA